GGACAUAAAGAGGGACUGCUGCAGGCUGCCAAAAAACUCCAGAGCAAUUACUGAAAUGCACCGAGAGGAAUUUAGCAUUUUCGAUUCACCGGGGGCUUCCUCACGAAACACCUAAAAAUAGACUGCGCCCAAGUAAGUUUUGGUGAAGUAAUUUCAUUAUCGGCUGCGGGCUUUCUCCUCAUCUUAUGAUUGAUUAUAAUAGAGCUCCUCCGCACUCUUCAAUCAGCGCGCGCUCUCAGCCUUUAAUUUCACUUGUUCUUUAUUUCUUUUUCUUUUUUUCCUCGCACCGGGGGAACACGUCAUGUGGUGAGCUCACAUUACGGUUUUGUGUGGUAUUUAAAGAGUCCGUCCUCCCCGGAGCGGAGAGAGGGAGAGCCGAGCACCGGGACCGCGUGUGUACAGGCGCGUGCGUGUGUUCGGUGUGUGUGUUUCUGUGUGUGCGCGCCGGGGCUGCAGCUGAACCACUCAACCGUCCGGAGGUCUGAGGUGGGCGGAGACUCGAGCCCGAGGUCCUCCAGUCCGCAGCGACGCACCGUGCAUUUCGGACUCGGCACCCGCACCCCGUCCGAGGAGGAGGCAGCAUCAUGGCAACGACUACUUGUACACGUUUUACGGAUGAAUACCAGCUGUACGAGGAGCUUGGCAAGGGGGCCUUUUCAGUGGUGCGCCGCUGUGUCAAACUCUGCACAGGCCAAGAGUACGCCGCCAAAAUCAUCAACACCAAAAAACUCUCGGCCAGAGACCACCAGAAACUGGAGAGAGAAGCUCGCAUCUGCAGAUUGCUCAAGCACCCCAACAUCGUUCGUCUCCAUGACAGUAUUUCAGAGGAAGGCUUCCACUAUCUCCUCUUUGACCUGGUGACAGGAGGGGAGCUGUUUGAGGACAUUGUGGCCAGAGAGUACUACAGUGAAGCAGAUGCCAGUCAUUGCAUCCAGCAGAUCCUGGAGGCCGUGCUCCACUGCCAUCAGAUGGGGGUGGUACACAGAGACCUCAAGCCGGAGAACCUGCUGCUGGCCAGCAAGUGUAAGAACGCAGCAGUGAAACUGGCCGACUUUGGACUGGCCAUCGAGGUCCAAGGAGACCAGCAAGCUUGGUUUGGUUUUGCAGGGACUCCCGGCUACUUAUCCCCAGAGGUGCUGAGGAAGGAGGCGUACGGUAAACCCGUAGACAUCUGGGCAUGUGGUGUGAUCCUCUACAUCCUUUUGGUUGGAUACCCUCCGUUCUGGGACGAGGACCAGCACAAACUCUACCAGCAGAUCAAAGCUGGAGCGUACGAUUUUCCCUCCCCAGAGUGGGACACAGUGACUCCGGAGGCUAAAAAUCUGAUCAACCAGAUGCUGACUAUCAACCCAGCCAAGAGAAUCACAGCCCAGGAGGCUCUGAAGCACCCAUGGGUCUGCCAACGCUCCACAGUGGCCUCUAUGAUGCACAGACAGGAGACGGUCGAGUGCCUGAAGAAGUUUAACGCCAGGAGGAAACUCAAGGGCGCCAUUUUGACCACCAUGCUCGUCUCCAGGAACUUCUCUGUGGGUCGGCAGACUACAGCCCCUGCCGCCGUCAGCGCCGUGGCUGGAACGACCGCCGGCAUCGUGGAACAAGCAGCCAAGAGUCUCCUCAACAAGAAGGCUGAUGUCAAGCCCCAGACAAACAGCACGAGAAACAGCAUAGUCACCAGUCCCAAAGGCAACGUCCCCUCUGCUGCACUGGAGCCUCAGACUACUGUUAUCCAUAAUCCAGUAGAUGGGAUCAAGGAAUCAUCAGACAGCAGCAACACAACCAUUGAGGAUGAAGAUGUGAAAGCUCGCAAACAGGAGAUCAUAAAGAUCACAGAGCAGCUUAUCGAAGCUGUCAACAAUGGAGACUUUGAGGCCUAUGCGAAGAUCUGCGACCCUGGUCUGACCUCGUUUGAGCCUGAGGGGCUGGGUAAUCUGGUGGAGGGAAUGGACUUCCACAGAUUUUACUUUGACAAUCUCCUCUCCAAGAACAGCAAACCCAUCCACACCACCAUCCUCAACCCUCACGUGCACAUGAUCGGGGACGACGCCGCCUGCAUCGCCUACAUCCGCCUGACGCAGUUUGUCGACGGGCAGGGCCGCCCGCGCUCCAGCCAAUCAGAAGAGACCAGGGUAUGGCACCGCAGGGACAGCCGGUGGCAAAACGUCCACUUCCACUGCUCAGGAGCUCCUGCUGCCCCGCUGCAGGGAUGAGGUAUGUGAGACUGAUGAGGCCACGAGGAGCAGAGAAGUGGAUAAUCAAAGAGAGAGAAUCAGCGCUGAGAGAGAGGUGGAGGUGGACGGAGGGUGAGUUAAAGGAGUCUGAAGAGUCUGGUUUUUCCUCCUGAGCUCUGCACACGCCCGCCUCGCUCUUCUCUCUCUCUUGUCUCUCUACAACCUCGACAACAGACAGUGUAACACCGACGCUCCCAUCACCAAAACCUACAGCACUCAGCAGAGGGCUACGAAAAGGAAACUCUCUAGCCAGCGGUCUGACGCUGCCACACACCUGGACACCACCUGUCCUCCUCUUCUUUAUUCUGGGCUCCGGUGUGGCUGAAGAUUCCCCCUUUUACUUCCUCUCAAACUUAAAGUUAUUGUUCCUUCCUUCUAGUAUUAUCAUGGCUGCAGUCUAUCCUUGUGCUCUUUCACCUGUACAGUAUAUUUAUUAGUCAUUCUUUCUGGUUUCCUCCUCUUCUUCUUCUUCUUCUUUUAUAUGACGAGCAUGACUCCUACCUGUACUCUUAUUACCAGUGGCUGUUUUUCUGCACGACUAAAAGGCUGCCUGUGUGAAAUGAACAAACAGUAUACCACGUGUCUCACAGAGACAGAGCGACCAGUGGGUGUAUUUAAUUAUCCGUUUGGUUUUGUUAUUCAAUGGAGGUUUUUUUCCCCUCUCUCUUUUCUCUGGAGUGUAGUUGACCCCAAACCAGACGCCUCCGUGUGUUCGCCGGACCCCUCCGAGCCGCUCUGUGAGACAGUGAAAAAACCAUGCAGCAUGCUAAGAUAUUACUGUCGUUCUUAAUCGAUUCUCUGUGUACCGAACAUCGCAAGUUAACCGCUGAAAUUAUGACAAAUGGUUGAAAUCCUAGUAUCACGCUGUUUAUGUAAAUUUCCAGUUUCAUCGUGGUGACUUGACUACAAUUAACGCUGUAGAUGGUAUUUAAUUGCAUGAUAUUCCGAGUUAAUACAUUGGUAAGUUGGGUGUUAUCGUGCAUUUUGUUGAUUUUUCUCUUUUCGGACUGAACUGCUGGUGAGCUAUAACCUAUCACCUCUAUUUUCUGGGCUUUGUAAGUGCAUAAACUAUUUUUGUGUUCAUAUCAUAGUGUAGUAUAAAACGAGGAUGCUGGUGAGGAUCGUGACAGAAAAUGCCUUUUUUAAAGAAAUCGUUCGGAUCAGAUUUAAAAAAACAGCUCUUUACUGUAUCAGAGACAAAAACUUUUAGAAUCAACAACAGACCCGACAGGCUUCACAUCAGGGGGUUUGAUUCUUCAUUUAGAUCAUUCUCAGCAGCUUCUUACUUCACACUUUUAAAGGAGAGAGUGGAAGCGAUGCUUUGUACUGUAUAUUAAAAGUGAUAAAGGAGGAACUGGGAUCAUGGACAUGUCGGAUUUUAGAAAUAUUGUUUGACCCAACACCAAAAGCAAAGCUGUAAACCUCUCAGUCCUGUGAAAACCAUGGAUAUCUAAGAAUUUUAAUGAGUUAUCAACAACCCACAGAGGAAUAUUUAAUCCUUAAAAUGACUAUAAUCAAUAAUUUCAUAAUAAAGUAUCAAAUGACAAUCUGAAAUCUGGUUGUGAUAACCCUACAGAGAAUUAUCAGCUGAAUCUGUGGCUCCGAUUUCAGGAAACUUUUCAGAAUAAAAGCCACUGCAUUAUUUUCCUAAAAAUCUAAGUGUUUAUUGGCCUAAAAAUGGAAAAUCACUUACAUUAAGUAGAAAGUUAAAUCCUCCCAGAGAAAAACACUCAGGGUGUUUCCUCACUGCCCUCAGUGGUCUGAACUUUAAGACCCCUGUGGAGUACAUGAACCUGUCCUCAAGAGGGCGCCAACAUCCAACAACAGAGGUUCAGUAAACAAACAUGAUCAGUGGUGAGUUCAGGUGGUACAGACAGGAACAGAUCAGUUCAUUCAUUAAAUCAGUGUUUACUGUAUUUUACUGUUGCUUUCGCUCAGUUUUCCAACAGAGUUUAAAAUCUAAAGUAUCAGAGCUGAGACAAUUUUAAUAAUCUGUUUAAGUAACUGUUGCUGGUUCCACCUUCUCAGGUGUGAACAUCAGUGACUUCUCUCUUUUAUUUCGUUGUAAACUGAAUAUUUGGGGGUUUUGACUGUUGUUCAGGUAAAAACAACAAAUCUAAAACUCAGCUCAGGCUCUAGGAAUCUGUAAAUUGGCUCUUUUUGUUAAAUGUAAUCUGGAGUCUGAGUCUGCUCCGCUGUAAAUCUCUGACGAUGAUCUUCACUGCAUCAAUUUCAUUUGAGACAUCUGAGAUAUUUAUAUAAUUUAAUUUUUAAAGUGCAAUAAAAUAUUAAACCACUGUGACAGACACUGAAGAUAUGACAGCUCAAAAUAUAAAGAUGUAUUAAGAUGUUCAAAUAAGGUGAAUGUUUGCAAAGACAUGUUUUGCAUGCAGUGAUGCAGAUACGUUUAGUUAUAAUAAUACAAUAAAAUAAACUAUUCAUAUAGCACCUUACAAAACAAAAAGUCAAAAAGUGCAAAAUUAAAACAAUUCUGCGCUAAUGUUAAAUAAAAUGUGGUGUAUAAAUGUGCAGAAAAUUAUUAUAUAAUUUUAAAAAAAGAGACUGAUAAAUAAAACAUGUUAGAACUGGAAAAAUAAAUCUUUAAAUUAAAAAAAAAAAAAGGUUUUGAUAAGUGAAGGAAAAACCAGUGAAACCUGUGGUAAAGCUAAAAUCUCUGCAUCAAGAGUUUUUACUUUACAUUUUGUCCAAGUGAUUUUAUUCAAACUCCACAGGAACAAGGGCUAAACAGCAUCUGAAACCCGAAACACAUCUAACACUAACUAACAGCAUGUUCAGAGCUACAGAUCAUUAAAGGUGGUUUUUGUGUUAAAGUUGAGCCAAAGCAGUGGUAAAAUACUGCAGGUGUCCAGGCUGGUAAUUGUUCUGAUGAUCAGACACUCUGCAGAUCGUGUUUGGUGGAUUAUUAUUAUUAUUUUUUUUAAUCAUUUGUCUCUGAAACUCCCACAGACGGCGUGAAGCCAAAACCAUCAGUAUCCUCUGACAGUAUCAGUAGUUUAAUAGGAUUAUUGGUCACUUAGAGUCAUUGUCCCCUUUGGCAACAAAUCCAUGUCCAGUUAAUUAGUGUGUAAUGUAACACUAAUGUAACAGAGCCUCAGUUCAGGUGAGUGAUCAGGAGGUGAGUUCUUGUUCAUUUAUUUAUUUGUUUAUUUAUUAUACUGAUGAUGAUGAUGAUGAUGAUGAUUCCUCUGGUGUGCGUUCCACGUCUUCUAAAUAUUAAAAUGUGAUCAGAUGUAAUCAGUGUGUGAACCAAUAAACUGACAAUGCAGAGAGCAGCUCA